AUGACGAUACAGGGCGAAUAUUGCGUAGCCGUAGGAAUUGAUGCGGGUAAGACAAACCAGAGCAACCGUAGCGUAGCCGUAGGAAUUGAUGCGGGUAAGACAAACCAGGGUAUAGAUGCGACUGCCCUGGGUCCACACGCGGGGACCACGGACCAGGGACUAUACUCUGUGGAUAUAGGAAGAGAAUCUGAUCAUGACACGCAAGAGGAAAUUUCAGUUGCAAUCGGGAACGAAGCGGGCCAGACGACCCAAGGCGAAAAUUCCGUGGCUAUAGGACGGCUGACCGGCGCGAGGCUACAAGGCUCGGACGCAGUUGGUGUAGGCUAUGGUGCCGGGAACGAGGCGGGUAAAACAUCACAUGGUACGGUAGCGGUGGCCAUCGGGUAUUGGGCUGGCCAGACGACCCAAGGCGAUAAUUCCGUGGCUAUAGGACGGCUGACCGGCGCGACGCUACAGGGGUCGGACGCAGUUGGUGUAGGCUAUGGGCAACUGACUAACAGUGUAGCCGUUGGGGUUUCCGCGGGUCUGACAGAGCAGGGGAACUACUCGGUCGCCUUAGGGUCGAGCUCGGGGGUUACCACACAGGGUGGUUAUUCUGUGGCUAUAGGACACGAGUCGGGAAAAACAACACAGAAUGCGGGGUGUGUGGCCGUGGGACGCAACGCGGGCGAGACGGCGCAGGGUGUAAGUGGUGUGGCGGUCGGAAGCUCGGUCGGUAGCGUGGACCAGAGUGACAACUGCGUGGCGGUUGCGCUGACCGUAGGGUACGACACACAGGGUGAAAUGGCGGUUAGUGUUAGGUACGAUGCGUGGCGAACAAUGCAGGCGAUACGCAUGGAUUCGGUGGCAGUUGGGAAUAGCGCUGGCAAAACAACCCAGGGGGGUUCAGCCGUGGCGAUUGGUAAGGAGUCGGGUAAAACGACCCAGGGUGUAAAUACCGUAGCUAUUGAAACUAGUGCUGGAUGGGAAACACAGGGCGCUGUGGCCGUUGCGAUUGGUUACAAAUCGGGGUACGAAGCACAGGGUAUAAGUGCAGCAGGUAGUGAGUCUCAAGCAUCUCAAGCUGUUGCAGUGGGGUUCAAUUCAGUAUCCGUUGGCGCAAACGCUGGAGAAACUGAACUAGGUGCGAGCUCGGUGGCCAUUGGUGCCUUCGCGUGUCAAGGGACAUCAGCAGACAAUGCUAUUACACUGAACACCACGGGUAUUAAGUUACCUAAUGCGGUGGCCAACUCGUUCAUAGUCAAGCCGAUCCGCAACGCCGCGAGUCCCAACGCGCUGACGUACAACCCCACGACCGGCGAGAUUAAAACGUCCACAACCGAAACCAAGGAGAACAUUGGCAAGUACAUCCGGCACGGCACACCUGACACCGCCGAGCCGUUUGCCAGCUGGUUGAGUACCGCGAAACUGGGUGAUGAUUGGGCGGCCACUUUGGAGACAUCCGGUGGCGCCGCGGCCGAGUUUGAAAACGUCCCCGAUGAGGACAACAGGGUGAUCCAGCAAAUGUACACCGACUACGUGGCUAUUGUGGAAGUGGUACCCGAAACAUUUGUCGACAAGGAUGAGACCCACUUUGGGUUCAUGGCCGAAAAAGUGCAGACCGUUGACGGCAAGGCGCUGGAUAUCAAGUGGAACAACAUCACGGCGCUGCUGGUCAAGCAGAACCAAAUCCUGACGGCACAUAUAGCCGAGUUGACCAGCGACACGGAAGCGCGGUUUGCGGCAUUGGAAGCCAAAUACUUUUUUUGA